GGUGGCCGAGAAGUGCGAAACAACAUUACAAUGUGUGAAACACUUUUACGAACCUCGAGACAAAUUUACAUUUUGGAAAACAUUUUUACGUAUCAUAAAACACAUUUACAUUGGGGAAAACACUUUUACCAAGGACGAAACAAAUUUACAUUUUAGAAAACAAAUUAACAAGACGCAAAACAGUUUUACCAGUCCCGAAACAAAUUUACAAUGACAGAUUCUAGCGGAAAGGGAAUGUACCACUCACCGGAACUGACGCUAUACCCACACACCGGAAGUGACGCGGUGACGUUGUGUUGUUGGUGGUAAGCGGCAAAUUCGGUUUGUGGUUGUGUAGUAAAUAGCGAAAAAAAAUUGGUGGGCGUACAGGUAGGACUGCGGCCGAGGUAUGUUUUGUCCAUUUUGUGGCCAACAUAUGAGCACCGUAACGCGGUUUUGCGUCACGUGUGGUCGGUGUUUGGAGUUUUUGAACGACACGGACCAGAUGGAAACACGGGACAUACUGAAUCAAUGUGUUCAAUAUUUUAACGAGGGCCACUCGUACGCUGUAAUCGUGGACAUGAUGUCAAGUCUACACGGUGUAAACAUCAGCUUGAGGACUCUUAAAAGUAAACUAAACGAAGCCGGGUUGUACCGCCGAAAGGAUUAUUCUUCUCCAAACUCCGUGUGUAACGCCAUCAGAUUGGAACUUCGUGGACCUGGACAACUAUUUGGCUACCGCACGAUGUGGCAGGUACUCAAACAAAAGUACAAUUUUCGAGUGAGGAGAGACGAUGUGAUGAAUUUGCUCCGGGAGCUUAACCCUCGAGGGUGUGAGAGUAGAACACGCAGAAGGUUUACAAGAAGAACCUACCACUCAAUGGGACCCAACUAUAUGUGGCACGCAGAUGGUUACGAUAAACUUAAGCCAUUUGGUCUGGCCAUAUCGGGAUGUAUAGAUGGAUUUUCACGUAAAGUAUUGUGGCUUGAAUGUGGACCAACAAAUAAUAACCCAACAGUGAUUGCUCACUAUUUCAUUUCAUGUGUGCAAAACCUCGGUGUCAUCCCUAUGAGACUGAGGACUGAUUGCGGCACUGAGAACGGCAUAAUGGCUGCAAUUCAAUGCACGCUACGCCACCAUCACAGUGACUACUACUCUGGCGCGUCCAGCCACAUGUACGGCUCAUCUAUAAAUAACCAGCGUAUUGAGUCCUGGUGGUCUAUAUUUAGAAAGGGAAGGUCUCAGUUCUGGAUGGAGUUAUUUGCAGACCUUAGAGAAGCUGGAUACUUCAACGGGAGUCAUGAGCAUCAGUGUCUAUUGAGAUACUGCUUUGGUGAUGUUAUUCAGAAGGACUUGGAUGAGUGUGUGAGACUGUGGAACAGUCACAGGAUUCGCCCUUCCAGAACAGCAGCGUGUCCAGGAGGAGUGCCCAAUGAACUCUACUACUUACCACACAGGUUUGGCUCGAGAGACUGCGGAUUUCAAAUUGAACAAACUGAACUGGAUGCCUUUCCUGAGGCUAGCCUGUCAAUAACUUCUUGUGGAGACCCAAACAUGCAGGAGUACUUGGACUUUGCCAUAGAACACAGUCAGUUACAGAAGCCAGAGAACUGGGAGUCUGCAUCAGAACUGUACAUGAAGCUAAAAGAAAUGGCUCAGCUAUGAAAUGAUCAAAAAAGGAGGGGUUUUUGUAGUGGUCGAAUAGUCCUCUCUGUCUGAACACAAUGUUUAUGAAUCUGUCACCCACAGCUUGAUUGUUUUAAAGUAUGAAGUAAAUUAUUCAAAAUAGCAA